AUGACUUCGGAUUCGCCCAAGACUUGGUUUUUGGAUGCCUUCAAUCUUCCGCUGUCAGAGGGGGACAGGGGGUUCUUUUAUCGCUGUCUGGAUCAUCGUGGUGGCGGCAGGAAGGGGCCACUACUGAUAGAGUCGACUGAUGUCCUUGUUGGCGAUUACGUCAAUGAUAUCACGGAGACGCUUGAGGUGGUUGCAGACGCUGGGUUCUUGUCCGAUGCCCGCGGGGGCAGCAGAGACCAUCGAGCAGGCCCGGCUGAGGAUGAGUCGAGAGUACCUUGGAUCGGUACUGCCAACUUGCUGUAUGUGGUUCCAACUCCGGAGUUGUUGGAACAGGUGAGAAAGUUGGGGCACAAGGUGCGUGUCGGUAAUCCCGUUGAGCCACAGAUGCCUACGAUCGAGGCCUCUUCUGGUGUACCGACAGGGUCAUUUUCACCAAUUUCCCCUGAUUCCGGUGCGACUUCCACGACUUUUAGAGCGCAGGAGAACACAGAAGCUAGUAAUAGCGCCGCGCCCCUGGUUUUGGUGUCGCACAACACAGAAGACACAACCAGUUCGAGCCAAGCGCCGAUUGGACAGUAUUCUAUCACACCAGUUGAGAUUUUCCUCUACAAGGAUGCCUUCACGAUUGAGGAUCUCAAGAAUCCGCCCUAUUACAAGAGCGAAUACCCCAAAGCUCUAUAA